AUGGACGAGGACAAUGAGAUCGGACUCCCUCAGAAAGGAAUCAAUCAAAUCAUCAAAGAAGUCGUUCCAGAGAUGCGAAUCGCCAACGAGUCUCGCGAUAUGGUCAACGCGUGUUGCGUGGAAUUCGUGAAGCACGUCGCUCGUGAGGCGCAGAAGAUAGCGAGUCAAGAUCAGCGGAAGACGAUUUACCACGAGCAUGUGCAGAAGGCGCUUCAGAAUUUAGGAUUCACUUCGGACUACCUGGAAGCGGCGGAUAGUGUGCUGGACGCGUGUAAAGUGGAAGCGGAGAAAAAGUUGCGAAGGAAGAAUUCACGACUCGAAAAGUGUGGGAUUCCAGAGGAGAAGUUGUAUGAAAUGCAACAGGAGUUGAUAGCAAAAGCUCGCCAACAAGAAAUGGAGCAGCAACUCGCUCACCAGCAGGCUCAAGCCGCUGCAGUCGCCGCCGCCAAUGCCCAAAUGUUUGGAGGAGAGUCGAUGGAGGGCGCCGCGGCUCCGACUGACGAUGAUUACGAUAAUUAA